AUGUAUCCUGUCAAUACCGGCUGUGCCGCGGCGUGUGGCUAUUAUCUCACUGGCAAUUGUGCCGCCGCGGCUGCCAUUCCCGUAGACCACCAGUGUGUCAACAUGGUUUGCUUUACCUCCGCACUGGUUGGCCGCGGAGAUAUAUACCAGUCCCAAAUGUUUCACGCCACCAGCCCCGUUGACCGCGUGGGGUUUCGCCUCGACUUGCGUCUCACCACAGUCUCUUUCUCCUCCGCGCUCGUUGGCUACAGAGAUAGCUGGCGACCCUAA